ACCUGACAAACAAUAUCGACGUAACUAUACGGACAACGACAGAUCUUGACCUCCGAAAUAAUAUGGUGCAGGCAACGAUAUAAAUAGUUGUUACAGACCGAAGUUAAUCAGUUGCAAGUCGAAGUCGAGCAAUACACACUUAUCACAAUGGCUGCGAAGUUCGUCGUUGUAGCUCUUUUGGUGGCGGCUGCUCAGGGCAGCGCUAUCCACGGUGGAAAUUACAACAGCUUCUCCUAUGGAGUGUCGGACCCCCACACCGGCGACGUGAAGAGCCAGCACGAGACCCGCGUGGGCGACAGCGUGGUCGGCCAGUACUCGCUGCUGGACUCCGACGGCACGAAGCGCACCGUCGACUACGCCGCUGAUGCCCACUCCGGAUUCAACGCUGUCGUGCGCAAGGAUCCUCUGCUGCACGCCGCUCCCGUCGCCAUCGCGCACGCCGCUCCCCUGGCGUACGCUGCCCCGAUCGCUCACGCUGCUCCCGUAGCGUACGCCUCCCACGUCGCUCACGCCGCUCCCUUGGCCCAUGCCGCGAUUGCCGCUCCUCUGGCUCACACCGCGUACGCCGCUCCCCUGGCCCACGCUGCCUACGCUGCUCCCAUCGCCCAUGGCGCCAUCGCUUACGGCGCUCACGGAGUCGGUCUCGGUUACGGCCAUGGUCUUGGUUACGGACACGGUCUCGGCUACGGUGCGCAUUACGGCUAUUAAAUAAUAACACAACUCCAAACUGAAAGUAGACUGUGAUGUUUAUAGGAUAAAUAUAAAACAUUUUAAAA